AUGGUCGUCCUCACUUCAACAGUAGAGGCGGAGGAUCAAUAUUUGGGUGAUCACACUCCAAUCCAAGUUUGUGAGAAUUCUGUUUCGAGUGAAAAGAAAAAUGUUUCGAGUACUUCUAUUGAUGAAAUUCUGUGCAAGCGUGUUGCAUCCCUUGAACAAUCAAUGAUGGAAGUGGUUGCUUAUAUACGGAUGAAAAAUUGCGGAGAAUUGAAAAGAACAAGAAGAAGCAAGGUGAAGGAAAAGGUAGUUUUUGAAGUCGAAGAAGAGAAGAAAGAAGAAAAAAAGGUGGAAAAGGCAGUUGAUGAGUUUAUAGAAGACGAGAAUGAAGAAGAAAAAGAGAAUGACAAUGCAGUUGAUGAAGAACAAGAGAAGGAGAAGGCAACAGUUGAUGAAGAAAAAGAGAAGGAGAAGGCAGCAGUUGAUGAAGUUGAUGAAAUAGGAGAAGAAAAAACAGAAGAAGAAAAACUUCCAGAAGAUGAGAAGAUAGAAGAAUUAGAAGAAGUUCAAGAGCAGGAGAAGUUACAAGGAAAAGAAGGUCUGGCCACUGAUGUGGCAGAAGAGGAGAAAAAAGAAAAAAAAGAUGAAAAAGAUGGUGAUUCUAUUUCAGUGGACGUGAUGGAUAUUAUUAUGGAACGCAAUAGUGAGGAUGCUAGUGAGGAGAAAUAUGAAAAAGAUAGUUAG